AGUGCAUCUCUUGCUUCCAUGCGGCUUUGUCCGUCAGUGCCGGGAGAGAAAGGUUCCUGCAGCGCUCCCCGGAGUCCGGCAGAUUUGCACCAUGCUCCUUGAAGCCAAACCCGAGCAUGUCACCGUGGUCACCAGGACCCUGAGUGCAGCCUCAGUACUAUGCCAGGUCGAACCUGUGGGAAGAUGGUUUGAAGCCUUCAUCAAACGAAGAAACAGGAACGUUUCCGCCUCGUUCCAGGAGUUAGAGGAUGAGAAGGAGUCAUCUGAAGAGUCUGAGGAUGAAGAGUUUCAGAUAGAAGAAUUUGCACUUUUGAAAACGCUCGAUCCCAAGGACUGGAAGAACCAAGAUCACUAUGCUGUACUCGGACUGAAGAAUUUGAGGUAUAAGGCCACACAGAAGCAGAUCAAAGCAGCACAUAAAGCAAUGGUCCUGAAACACCAUCCAGACAAGAGAAAAGCAGCCGGGGAGCAGAUUGUUGAAGGUGACAAUGACUACUUCACAUGCAUCACCAAGGCAAAUGAAAUUCUAUCUGACCCACUGAAGAGGAGAGCGUUUAACAGCAUCGAUCCAACUUUUGACAACUCUGUACCUUCCAAAAAUGAAGGCAAAGACAACUUCUUUCAAGCAUUUGCACCUGUGUUUGAGAGAAACAGCAGGUGGUCAAACCAGAAAAAUGUCCCAAAACUUGGAGAUAUGAAUACAUCUAUUGAAGAUGUGGAUGCCUUUUAUUCUUUCUGGUAUAAUUUCGAUUCUUGGAGAGAAUUUUCAUACUUGGAUGAAGAGGAAAAAGAAAAGGCGGAGUGCCGUGAUGAGAGGCGGUGGAUUGAGAAACAGAAUAAGGCAGCCCGAGCACAGAGGAAAAAAGAAGAAAUGAACAGGAUAAGAACAUUAGUUGACAAUGCAUAUAGCAGCGACCCUAGAAUAAAGAAAUUUAAAGAAGAGGAGAAGGCUAGGAAAGAAGCAGAAAAGAAAGCCAAAGCUGAUGCCAAGCGGAAAGAGCAGGAAGAAAGAGAAAAGCAAAAACAAGCAGAGCUAGAAGCUAUACGGCUGGUAAAAGAGAAAGAAGACGAGGAGGCCAGACAACAAGCCCUACUCGCAAAAAAAGAAAAAGAAAUACAGAAGAAAGCCAUAAAGAAGGAACGUCAGAGGCUGCGGACAUCAUGCAAGAAUUGGAGUUAUUUCUCUGAUAAAGAAGCAGAAAGUGUGAAAAUGAUGGAAGAAAUUGAAAAACUGUGUGACCGCCUUGAGUUAGCUAGUUUACAGUCCUUGAAUGAGACCUUGUCAGCCAGCUCAAAGGAAGAAGGGAAACUUGCUGUAGAAAAACAGAUUACAGAAGUGAAUGCCCAACUGCGAAAAGAGAAAGAGGAGGAAGAGGCUCGCAUGCGACAGUCUACAAAAGGAGCAGAUCAGUCUGCGUCAGCAGGAGGGGGAGGCAGCAGCAAAUCCUGGUCUGAAGAUGACUUACAAUUACUGAUAAAAGCUGUCAACUUGUUUCCAGCUGGGACUAAUGCAAGGUGGGAAGUUAUUGCCAAUUAUAUGAACCUACACUCCAGCUCUGGAAUUAAACGCAAUGCAAAGGAUGUUAUCAAUAAAGCAAAGUCCCUGCAGAAACUAGAUCCCCAGCAAAAGGAUGACAUAAAUAAGAAAGCAUUUGACAAAUUCAAGAAGGAACACAAAGUUGUACCUCAGUCCGUAGAUAACGCCGUACCUUCUGAACGCUUUGAACCGCCUGGAGACUCCACUCCCUGGACCACAGAAGAACAAAAACUGCUAGAGCAAGCUUUAAAGACAUACCCUGUGAACACCCCCGAGAGGUGGGAAAAAAUAGCAGACGCUGUCCCUGGCCGCUCCAGGAAAGACUGCAUGAAGAGAUACAAGGAACUGGUUGAAAUGGUGAAAGCCAAGAAAGCUGCUCAAGAACAAGUGCUGAACGCUACAAAGGCCAAGAAAUGAGGCAGUUGAAACUGUGUGUUAUAUUUUAUAAUAAAAAAGGAAAUACUA